AUGUGGAUCACAGAUAUCCAUUAUAUUGCUACGUUUUUGCACCCGGAAACUAAAUCACUUCCAACAUUAACUCAAGGUGAACGUAAUAAUAUUGUGGAAUUGGAAAAAAAAAUGCUGAAGACUGUUGGAAUUGAUGAAAAUCCAACAGAUGUAAUAACAGUAACUGGUAAUGAUAAAACAAAAAAAGAAGAAACAAACGGGCCAAACACGCUGAUAUAA